AUGUCUGUCUAUUCUGGAUUUGCUACUCGAUAACUAGAAAGUUAAUAUAACAAACUAAUUACCUCUUUGCUCAAAAUUUUAUAGCGUAGAAUUAUUAAGUUCUAUAACAAUGAAUUAGCUGAUGAGAAACAAUUCAAAAGAGUCGUCGAAGAAGUAAAUGUAAUCCAUUAAUCAGACUCUUAUGAAAUUGAAUCAAAUGGAGCACCAGAAAUAUAAUGAACCUUAUAUUAGUGCCAUUAUGGGAGAAAUAUGCGAUUAUUUAUAAAUCUAGUAAAAUUGUGCAACAGGUUGCUCAUGCUAAUGUCAUCUUUAAAUUAGAAAACAAACAUUUUUAACUUAAGAUAAAGAAAUCCUAUCAAAUCCUUCAUCUUGUAGAAAGUAAACUGUAAGUUCUAGAAAAACUAGUGUUAAAGGUAUUAAUAACACAUCUGUUAUUGAGAAAAGUUAAUUUUCAAAGAUUCAAUAAUUUACUUAAUUAUCAUCUACAUAUAAAUCUCCUUAUUAUUUGAGUUAAAAUAACUAAUCAUAUGGUAAUUCUAGAUUGAACUUUUACUAAAAUACAUCCAAUAUAACUCACAAUAGCUCUAUUGAAAGACCUACAACUAAAAGUUAUCAAAGGCCACAAUCAAAAUCUCCAGGUAGAAGAAUUCCAUCAAGAAUUAUGAGAUCAUCAGAAGGAUAAAGGGCCAAUCCAAAUGAAAGUUUAGAAGAAAGAAGAUAUGAGAAACCAUAGAACUUUGGUUAAUAAUAUAAUAAGUUUUUUAAAAAAAGAAAUUUUUGA